UCUAGUCGUAUUCUCUUCCUAGUCUACUCUCUCUAUCCACCAUGUCUCAAGCUUUCUACGACGACCCCGAAUCGCUCCUCCCUGAGCCCUCAGCCUACCAGCCGGCCACCAGCGCCGACCUCGACCAGCGUCAGGGUCAAUACCAGGAAUACAUCGAUGAGCACGGUCUGACCGGUGCCGGUGUGCCUCAGGAGGAUGAUGGCGAGGAGGAGAGGGAGCGUCUGGAAGGGUUAAAGUCGGCUCUCGAGCAGGUUCCUGACGAGGUCAAGAAGUUCAUCCAAUCGUUCCACCAAGCCAUCCUCAACAACGAUACCCCGUCCAUCCUCUCCAUGUACGAGUCUGGCUGGAACAGGAUCACUCAGCAAUACUACUCUAACGAAGAGUGGCCCGAGGGCGAAGUCGUCGCUGGUCUCGUCGGUGGAGACCAGCUCUUCUUGACUCUUUACCGAGAGUUGUACUUCCGACACGUGUAUGCCAAGCUCGAACCCAACGUCGAUGACCGAUUCCAGUCGUACGAGAACAUCUGCGAGCUCUUCAACUUGUUGCUCAACUCGGAACAACCCGUCCCUCUCGACCUCCCCAUCCAAUGGUUGUGGGACAUGCUCGACGAGUUCGUCUACCAGUUCCAAUCGUUCGCCCAGUGGAGGAGCGUCGUCAAGAACAAGAGCGAGGACGAGCUCGCCAUGCUCGCCGAGAACCCUCAGAUCUGGAGUUGUUACUCGGUCCUGAACGUCUUGUACUCGUUGGUACAAAAGUCUCAGAUCAACGAACAGCUCGUCGCCGAGAAGAACGGAUCGUCCCCCGAAGAGGUCGCCGAGAUCGCUGGUGACUACGGUUCCAAGCCUUUGUACCGAAACUUGGGUUACUUUUCCCUUAUCUGUCUUUUGAGGGUGCACACUCUCCUCGGAGACCCCACGCUCGCCUUGCAAACCAUGCAAAACAUGGACCUGAGCAACAACUCGCUCCUGACCAAGAUCACCGCCUGUCACGUCACCACUUACUACCACGUCGGAUUCGCCUACAUGGCCCUCGGACGAUACCCGGACGCCAUCAAGAUCUUUGUCUCGGUCUUGAUCUUUUUCAACAGGAUGAAGCAGUACCACACCAGGAGUUACCAGUACGGUUCGAUCGCCAAGCAGUGCGAGAGGAUGUACGCCCUCCUGGCCGUCUGUACCACCUUGUCCCCUGGUCCCUCGGACGACGGGAUCAUGAACACCGUCAAGGAGCGAUACGGAGAGCAGCUCACGGCCAUGCAGAGCGGCAAGGAAGAGACCGCCAUCCCCGCCUUCCGGGAACUGUUCUUGGGUGCCAGCCCCAAGUUCCUCUCCCCCGUCUCGCCUCCUUACGAGGACCACGACUCGCUCGCCGCCUGGGUCUCGGAACCUCCUCAGGACGCGCUCGUCAGGCAGACCGACCUGUUCAUCCAGAACGUCCAGGUCCAACUGGGCGUAUCGACGAUGAGGUCGUUCUUGAAGCUCUACACGUCCAUCGACGCGACCAAGCUGGCCAACUUUUUGGACGAGGACGAGGAUACCGUCUUGGAGAGGAUGAUGAGCUUGAAGAGCGCCUCGAGGAGUUAUGGGCACAAGCAGGGAGAGGGGAGCUUGUUGGACGGAGAGCGGUUCGUCACCAACAACCUGGACUUUUUCAUCGACGGCUCGAUGGUCCAGGUCGCCGAGACGACGACCAACCGUCGAUUCGCCGGCUUCUUCAUCCGAAACGCCGAAAACGCCAACCGAGUGUUCGAGACGAUCAAGAACGCGCCUCUGCCUAUCCCCCGGAGCGCUCAGCCGGGCGGUAGUGGUCAACAAUCACAGCAGCAACAACAACAACAGCGAGCCGGAGGUGCUGGCGGUCAGCGAACGGGAGGACAGGGUAAAGGACCCGGUGGACCCGGAGGUGCGCCGAGGACUGGGGGUGUGGCUAGGGUACCGGGGACUAGCCCGUGGGCUCGUUAAGGUUCCGUUAAGGUUUGGGAGAGAUGAUGAUUCGUAGAGCGGAGUGGAGUGGAGUGGAGUCGGAACCCGCCCGUUCGUGUUGUUCCCCACCAAAAGGAUUGAUCAGCGGUUUAUUGCUCGUUUAUACAUGUGUGAUUAUCUGUGACUUUGUGAUCGUCCACGAAUCCAUGGAGAGGCGGAGAGGUCUCGUUGCGGCCCGGGUCGUUCGUCAGAAUAAUCGACGAUACGAGGAUAGUAGCUAUAGUACUCUAGUGAUGUAAUCUGUUUUUGCCAGGAAUGCCUUAACCCAUCCUCGUUUUG